AUGAACACUGGUUGCAUCUGUCAACAGAAUAGUCCUCACAUACUUAGGACUGGAGCCUGGACAACCAUUGAGGUGAGGGUACCUGGCCAGCCCACUUUGGAGCUCAGCAUUUCCUGGGGUGAGCAUGCAUCCUUUCCCAAUGAAACAAUGAAUUUCACGGAGUACAACUAUGGAAUGGAGGAUUACACCAGCACAGAUUAUUCUGUGUCUCCAAGUGAAAUACCAUGCUCCCUAAAAGAGGUCAGAGAGUUCACCAAGGUAUUUGUACCAAUUGCCUACUCCCUAAUAUGUGUUUUUGGCCUCCUGGGCAACAUUAUGGUGGUGAUGACCUUUGCGUUCUACAAGAAAGCCAGGUCCAUGACUGACGUCUACCUGUUGAACAUGGCCAUCACAGACAUACUCUUUGUCCUCACCCUACCGUUCUGGGCAGUUACUCAUGCCACCAACACUUGGGUUUUCAGCAAUGCCCUGUGCAAACUGAUGAAAGGCACAUAUGCCGUCAACUUUAACUGUGGGAUGCUGCUCCUGGCCUGUAUCAGCAUGGAUCGGUACAUUGCCAUCGUCCAGGCAACCAAAUCUUUCCGGGUACGCUCCAGAACACUGACACAUAGUAAGUUCAUCUGUCUGGCAGUGUGGUUCAUUUCCGUCAUCAUCUCGAGCCCCACAUUUAUCUUCAACAAGAAAUACACGCUGCAGGGCCGUGAGGUCUGCGAGCCACGGUACGAGUCUGUCUCGGAGCCCAUCACGUGGAAACUGCUGGGUAUGGGACUGGAGCUGCUCUUCGGCUUCUUCAUUCCUUUGCUGUUUAUGGUGUUCUGCUAUCUGUUCAUUAUCAAGACCCUGGUGCAGGCCCAGAACUCCAAGAGGCACAGAGCCAUUCGAGUUGUGAUCGCAGUGGUUCUCGUGUUCCUGGCUUGUCAGAUCCCUCACAACGUGGUCCUCCUCGUGACUGCGGUCAACAUGGGCAAAGUGGGCCGGAGCUGCAGCUCUGAGAAAGUCCUUGCCUACACCAGGAAUGUGGCCGAGGUCCUGGCUUUCCUGCACUGCUGCCUCAACCCCGUGUUGUAUGCAUUUAUUGGACAGAAAUUCAGAAGCUACUUCAUGAAGAUCAUGAAGGAUGUGUGGUGUAUGAGAAGGAAGAACAAGGUGCCUGGCUUCCUCUGUGCCCGGAUUUACUCAGAAAGCUACAUCUCCAGGCAGACCAGCGAGACUGUGGAAAAUGAUAACGCAUCAUCCUUUACCAUGUAA